UUCAUAUAUUCACAUUUGUAAGACAAAAAGGUCGAUCAACGGCAAUCAUUAGUCGCAAUCAAAUAUGUCCCUUGCCACCAGUUUUCUACCAAAACCCCAAGCGCUGGGAAGCAGGACUUUUAACUUUGGUACUCCCAGAGAGAGUACGUCAACUGAUAGUCCAAUGGCAGUGCAAUUUUCAAUAAAAGAACACGAAGAUCAUGAAUUGCCGGUAAUUGGUACGCACAUCCACAGCCAUAUUUUACCCGGCUUCAGAUAUCGCGUUCGCUUCGGUGGUACAACUGAUUAUCUGUUCGGCGGAAAGGCGUUGAAACUUGAAUCGAUCGGCAAAGGAUACGGUAAAAGAAUCACAUUUGAAAGUGAUGAUAUUCUUGAAAAUGAUAACUUCUUUUGGUCGGAUAGUCACGAAGCUGGUUUUGUGUUUUCGCCCGAAAUUUUAUCAGGCACCGAAGCCUUUCAAGUCAUGGAUACUAAGGGAAAGACUAUGGGAAGAUUUUCCGUGAACAGUGUGAACAAACAACAGCAAAUUACAGGUGUUACCAUGGAGAAAAACAUGGUCACUAUUCACGCAAAGAUCAGUCUUUGUGGAAACAUGCGACUGUUUUCUCAAAUGAAAGACGUUCCUUUGGCGGGAGAUGUAAUUGUGAAAGUCAACCGUUUUUCAUGUACCAUGGAGUUUUUGGAGACAAAUAACGACACGUUUGAAUGUGUCUUCAUAAAAAUGAUGUAGAAUUUGGUCUAAAUACUAAUUUCAAGUUAGCCUAUAUAGACAGUAUGCAUAAGAUUUUAGUGAUCGUAUAGGCAUUACAAACAGACAGAAGUAAUUAAAUUUUAAUACUGUGCGAAAUUGUUGAAAAAUAAAGAAAC